AUGCCGAAAGUACGACAGUCAUCUUUCGAUGAGAUGGAUUGCAAAGAGAACAACUCAGAUGAGAAGACCACCGAUUCAAUGAGUACUGAAUCGAAGCAGUUAACACGGCGGUUAUCAAUUCUUGGUGCCGAAUCUGUUGACCGUGGACAAUGGACUGGUCGUUUUGAUUUUCUCAUGUCAAUGAUCGCUUAUGCGGUCGGACUAGGGAACGUGUGGCGCUUUCCUUAUCUUUGCUUCAAAAACGGUGGAGGAUCAUUUUUGGUUGUCUAUGGACUAUUUUUCAGUCUAAGCGCUGUACCAAUCUUCAUUAUGGAGGUCACCAUUGGGCAGUACUUGCAGCGUGGCGCAAUGGAAAUGUGGAAUAUGUGCCCACUUUUUAAAGGUGUUGGUAUUGGCAAUAUUGUAAUUGCGUUCAUGUGCAUUUCAUACUUCUGUGUCAUAAUUAGUUGGUCUAUAUUUUAUAUGAUCAGCUCUUUAAGCUCAACGUUCCCGUGGGAAACAUGCGACAAUUAUUGGAACACGAAACAGUGUAUAACGGGCAAAGAGAAUACAACCGUUUUGGCCGGAAUUAUAAAUAAUCUUACAUUGGCUGGAGAACGAACUGAAACAAGCGUGGAGCAAUUUUGGGAGCGUCGUGUAUUGAUGCAAAGUGAUUCGAUCUCGAAUUUUGGUGGAAUACAAUGGGAACUUUUGGGAAUAAUGUUUAUCGCUUGGCUUAUCAUUUACUUUGCUCUAUGGAAAGGAAUCACUCAAGCAAGAAAGUUGGUAUAUUUUUGCGCACUGUUUCCAUAUUUUCUGUUGUUCGUUCUGUUGAUACGUGGUAUUACGUUACCGGGUGCAGCUAAAGGUAUUUCUUAUUAUUUGAUACCAAACAUAACGAAACUUGGUGAAACAAGCGUUUGGAAAGAUGCUGGCACUCAGGUUUUCUAUUCAUAUGGAUUUGUGGUGUUUUCUAUACUCGGUUAUAUGUCAUUUGUCGCCAAUAAAGAUAUUUCUCAAAUCGUAAAACCGGGUGUUGGACUUGCUUUUCAAGCGUAUCCCGAAGUAGCGAGUAAUUUACCGUUGAAACAAGUUUGGGCAUUCCUUUUCUUUUUAAUGAUUACAAUACUCGGCGUUGAUAGCCAGGUGUGUAUGAUGGAAGGGUUGUUCACGGCGAUUGAGGAUGUCUUUCCAUCGAUCCUGAGAAGAUAUAAGAAAAUAUCUUUGGGUGUUACUUGCUUGAUAUUCUUUAUUAUUGGCAUUCCGAUGGUUUCUUAUGCUGGUGCGUAUUGGUUAACACUGUUCGAUACAUACGGUGCGAGUGGAAUAGCACUAUUGUUUGUAGUGUUCUUUGAAGUAAUCGGCUUGGCAUGGGGAUUUGGAGCAAAUAAUGUAAGGAAUGCACUGAAAGAAAUGACCGGUCUCGGACUGUCGUACUGCUGGACGAUUGUUUGGAAAUUUGUAGCACCAUCUGUAACAAUGAUGUUAUUCUUCUUUUGCGUUGUCAAAUAUAAACCGUUGAAAUAUCCGAACGGAGAAGAGUAUCCAUACUGGGCUGAAAUGUUCGGCUUCUUUUUAUCCUCUUGUUCGAUGGUAGCCAUUCCAUUAUAUGCACUCUACUUUUUGUUCAUCGCUAGAAAAAAUGUCCCUUUGAAACAGAAGUUCAUCGAUGGUUUACAUCCGAAAUUACAAAUGCAAAACGGUAAAGCAAUAACAUCAUCAUCACCUCGUGAAGAGCAAAUGGACUUUAUAAAUGCAGAUCGUAAGAUGAUGCCAGCUUGA